UCAUUACUGGCGUGGCGGCCAUGUUGGCAGCUUCGCGCAUGUAAACAUACAGCAAGUUGAACGAGGAGAAGCAGCAGAGUUGGGAUAAAGAAAAGAAAAAAAGAUGUUAAAAUCCCUAAAAGGUUGUGGAAUUUACUGGGAUAUGUUAAAUAGGCAAGCCAGUGACCGGUAUGUGGACUAAACCGGCACUUUUAACCGUUUGGAUCCAUAUGAAAUUUCCAACAAAGAGUUGGCAAACAGUGGGAACACAGUAAUCCGGACAAAGUAUACCAGACGUACAUUUCCAAUGGAGGGACAGAAAACUCUCGGACUAAAUCUAAAACUUCUUAAACUGUCUUCUGAAGAUGGACGGAGGUCUUUCGGGCUUGGGACGACAUGAGGUGUGUGUGUUUUUUCAGCCUCAGAUUUCCUCAGGCUUCAUUGUAGCUGUUCACAGUGGAUGCAUUCUUGCGAAGAUGGGUGCUAGUUGGACACACAUCUGGAGGGAGGAGUUUAAAGUUCACAAACUCCACCUUAUCGCUUCUAAACCAGAGCUUUUGCUUCAGCCACGGUGGGAUAUUCCUCCAUUGAUGUGGCUUCUGUACAGAGGUUUUAUGCUGGUCUACACCGUCAGCUGGUUGAUCUACAUGGCUCUUCUCUUCAACACACCUAAAUUCCUCAUUUAUUUCAGCCAUGUCUCAUACUGUCUCAUGGUGAUCUACUAUCUGGUUGCUUUCUGUAAUCUGGCCUGGGCUUUCUUGAAGGUCAGAUGCUCCUCUCACAGAAUGAAAAGAGUAGGGGGCAGUAGUGAGUGCGAGACCCUCCUCUCUCCUCCGGUCGCUUCUCUCUGCCUGCAGUGGUUCCUGCAUUCUUUGAUGGGCUGCUCUUCUUUAACCGUCACCAUAGUCUACUGGACCCUAAUCCACACUUCGGACCAGGACACAGCCCUCAGCGUCCACAUCCAUGCCAUCAACAGCAUCCAGACCACCGUGGAUCUGCUGUUGUCCUCUACACCCGUUCAUCUCGCCCACCUCUUCUACGCUGCGCUGGCAGGAGUUCUUUAUACCAUAUUUGUUGUUGUUUAUUGGCUAAUGGGCUGCACCAACCUGGAUGGUAAACACUACAUCUACAGCAUUCUUGAUUUCAGUGAGCGCCCUCUAGUGGCCACACUUUGCAUUCUGGGAGUUUCUCUGCUUUGUUUACCAUCCUGCCAGUUUGUGCUGUGGAACAUGCAGUUGCUGAGGGAGUGGGUGGUGAGCAGGGAGAAAGUGAGGAGAAUGGCUCUGAGGAGAGAUGUUUGGUGGUGGGUGAAGGUGUCAGGAGCGACCUUUGACCUCGUGCCUUCAGUGGAUCCAGUAGCCUCUGUGUUUGAGGCUAGACUACAGCUAUAGUCACAGUCCAUCACUCUUGUGAUCUGGUCUGUCUGAAUCUGAAUUUUCCUAUUUUCCUCAAACACUCAAAGCUCUUCAGUGGACUUGACUCUGUUGAUCCAAAUGUGGUUGGUUGCUUGUUGAGAUCUGAAAUGCCCUCAAAUAUUGACAUUUGCUUGAAGUGUUUACAUUUUUCUCGGAAAUCAACCCACACUGUUAAAAAAGAAGAAAAAAGAUAUGUGAAAUCUUAUGGUAAAUUUAUUUCUGUUAUGGCCAAACUGAAUAUUCAGCAGUUAUGUUGAUGUCAAGCACUAGAUGUCAGCAGCGUCCUCUUAGAAAUAUAAUUCAAGUCCACAUUGAAAUCUCAAAUUCAAAAUGUAAUUUUAGUAUUAAAUGAUUUUAACAAAGAAAUUUGAUGUGACAUCAAAAAGAAUGCUUGAGAUUGUUCAGUUUAGGCUGAUUUGUAUAUUAAGAUUUUUUUUAACUAAAACGUUUUUUUUUAUUAAAGUAAAAAAGUAAGCAUUUUGAGGACUUUUGAACCAUAUUAUAUUUAAAUAUCAUGGAAGACCACUUUUAGAGUUCAGAAUUUAAUUGGUCUUGGGUGAAGUCAUAAUUUGAGCAUAAAUUCUCAUUACUGAAAUAUAUUUCUGUAUCUGCUUAAUUUCUGUUUUUUAAAGGAG